AAAAAUGAUCAUCCCUGACAUCACUUGUUGCUAUCCUAGGAUUUUUAUUUUCCUCUUCCUGUGUGAAUAUACCUCUUCCGGGUCAUCAUUGUGCUUCCCAUUCCAAAAUGAACGACGAUGAGAUGGCAUGUAUGAUGGCAGCAGUCACUGCCACCUCGUAUAUGCUAUACCAGGGACAGAGGAGAAGGAAGAGGGCACGGAGAUAUUGGAUCCACCCUGUAAUUGCCGGUCGGGAAGAAACAGGUCAAUUUUGGGUCCUUUAUAAAGAUCUCCGAGAGCACGAGGAGAAAUUCCUGGACUACACCAGGAUGUCUAUGAAAAGUUUUGAUGAGUUGCUAGAACUGCUCAGCGGUAGAUUACAGAGGAUGGACACCUAUUUCCGCAAUUCCAUACCCCCUGUGGAGCGACUUAUCAUCACACUGAGAUAUUUAUCAACUGGACAGUCUCUAGGAAGUCUACAUUAUGCCUUCCGUAUAGGCAAGUCUACAGCGAGUUAUAUUAUACGUGACACCUGCUCUGCUAUAUGGGAGGUUCUCCAGGAAGUAGUGUUCAAGAAACCUACUGCACAGGAAUGGGCACAGAUUGCGGAGGUAUUCUGGCAACGCUGCAACUUUCCCAAUUGUGUCGGAGCAAUAGAUGGGAAGCACAUUAGGAUUGUGAAGCCCAUGAGAAGUGGAAGUGAAUUCUUCAAUUACAAGAAAUAUUUCUACAGCAGCAGAUGCAAACUACUGUUUUACAUACAUAGACAUUGGGUCAUAUGGGAGCAGCGCGGACUCAACCAUGUUUGGAAACUCUAACUUUGGUCAAAUGCUGCGAUCAGAUGAUCUUGACCUACCACAAUGCCGUCCUCUCCCAGGCACAAAUGGCCCUCCACUACCAAGUGUUUUUGUGGGUGAUGAGGCCUUUUCUUUGGGGACAAAUCUCCUGCGGCCUUAUUCGGGGCAUAGUUUGACAGAGGAGAGAAGGGUAUUCAACUACCGCCUAACCCGGGCACGGCGAGUAGUUGAAUGCACUUUUGGAAUACUUGCCAAUAAGUGGCGGCUUCUGCACACUCCCAUAGUGUUAAACAUGCAGAAUGCCGUCACGGCUGUCAAAGCUGCGUGCGCCUUGCACAAUUUUGUGAGGCAGCGCGAUGGCUUCGAUUUCGAAGAACCGGUUACUGAGACUCUGGAAAGAGCUCAGUGGACUGGUGUCCGUGGGAACAGGCAGGGCUCCCAUGUACGGGAUCAGUAUGCCGCAUAUUUUAUGUCUCCUGAAGGACAGGUGCCAUGGCAGCUGGAUUCCAUUUAAUUAUUAAUAUUAUUCUUUUUUUGUGAAACUGUCAAUGCUUGACGUACUUUUUUGAAGAAUACAUCAUAUGCUGUUGUAAUAAAAUAAAAUAAAAAUAUGUUAUUGAUGUAUUAA